UCAACCACCUAGGGGAUGUGUGGCGGCACAGCGAAGACUGCAAAUCGGCCAGGGGGCUGGCAGGAGUCAGCCAGAUGUGUGUGUCAUGCCGGUUCUGGUGCUGGGAGAACUAUCAAGACACCUUUAUGCACAAAGUCUCGAAAACGUGCCAGGGUAGGAAGGGGUACUACUGAUCGCUUGGAACUCAGCCACAGUUGGUCAUGUUCGGAGUUUGACCUGAAUGAGAUCCGCCUGAUUGUUUACCAGGACUGUGAAAGGAGAGGCAGACAAGUCUUGUUUGAUUCUAAAGCCGUUCACAAGAUUGAAGAGGUGGCAACUCAGAAAACAGAGGAUGUCCCUAUUAAACUGUCAGCCAAGUGCUGUCAGGGCAGUGGCGGCGGCAGCAGCGUCUCUUCCCAUAGUUCUUCCGGGGGAUCUCUACAACAUGCUAAGGAGCAGCUCCCAAAGUACCAGUACACAAGACCAGCUUCCGAUGUCAACAUGCUAGGGGAAAUGAUGUUUGGCUCGGUUGCAAUGAGUUAUAAGGGCUCUACCUUAAAGAUACACUAUAUACGUUCUCCUCCACAACUGAUGAUUAGUAAGGUGUUCUCUGCUAGAAUGGGCAGCUUCUGUGGGAGUACAAAUAACUUGCAAGACAGCUUUGAAUACAUCCACCAAGAUCCUAAUUUGGGAAAACUGAACACAAAUCAGAAUAAUUUGGGUCCUUGUCGUACUGGAAGUAACCUAGGUCUGCUGCAAGCAUGCAGCAGCAAACUGCUGCAGGGCGUAGCUGAAGGAGGACCUCUCCGGCUCACCCGGAGUGCUUCUUUCUUUGCAGCACACAGCACUCCGGUUGACAUGCCAAGCAGAGGACAGAAUGAAGACCGGGACAGCGGCAUUGCUAGAUCAGCCUCACUGAGCAGCCUUUUGAUUACACCUUUUCCAUCUCCAAGCUCCUCUACAUCCUCUUCCAGCAGUUACCAGCGCCGCUGGCUCCGAAGUCAGACAACAAGUUUGGAAAAUGGCAUCAUUCCAAGGAGGUCUACUGAUGAGACAUUCAGCCUGGCUGAAGAAACCUGCAGUUCUAAUCCGGCCAUAGUUCGGAGGAAGAAAAUUGCCAUAAGCAUCAUCUUUUCUCUGUGUGAGAAAGAAGACGCACAAAGGAAUUUCCAAGACUUCUUUUUUUCUCAUUUUCCCCUGUUUGAAUCUCACAUGAACAGGUUGAAGAGUGCAAUUGAAAAGGCCAUGAUCUCCUGCAGGAAGAUAGCAGAAUCAAGUCUCCGUGUCCAGUUCUAUGUCAGCCGUCUGAUGGAAGCUCUGGGAGAAUUUAGAGGAACGAUCUGGAAUUUAUAUUCUGUUCCAAGGAUCGCUGAACCUGUGUGGCUUACCAUGAUGUCCAGCACUUUGGAAAAAACCCAGCUCUGCCAGCGCUUUCUCAAGGAGUUUACGCUUCUGAUAGAACAGAUCAAUAAAAACCAGUUUUUUGCUGCCUUACUGACUGCAGUGUUAACCUACCACCUGGCCUGGGUCCCGACUGUCAUGCCUGUUGAUCACCCUCCCAUUAAAGCCUUCUCAGAGAAACGCACCUCUCAGUCAGUGAACACGCUGGCCAAAACACAUCCAUAUAAUCCUCUCUGGGCACAGCUGGGUGAUCUUUAUGGAGCCAUUGGCUCUCCAGUGAGGCUGACUCGCACCGUAGUGGUGGGGAAGCAGAAGGAUUUGGUUCAACGUAUACUCUAUGUCUUGACCUACUUUCUCCGUUGCUCUGAGCUGCAAGAGAACCAGCUGACCUGGAACGGGAGUCACGGUGAAGGUGACCAGGUGUUAAAUGGGAGCAACAUCACCACAGCCUUGGAGAGGGGAGAGGUAGAGGAGUCUGAGUAUGUGGUCGUGACGGUGAGAAGUGAGCCCGCUCUCCUUCCUCCUAUCCUGCCACCUACUAUGGCAGAGGGAAGGAGCCCCAGGCCCGAGGGGCUAAGUGUGUCUCCAGAGGGCACUGACAUCAGAGACCUGUGUACCAAACCUGACAAAGAAGGAAACACCAGGCCAGAGCAGAGUUCUCAAGCCUGCAGCAUGGAAUUCCAAGAGCCAGCAUUGGACAGCUCUUGGAAACCUCAGGGCACAUUUUGUGGGGAGGAAGAAAGUGAGAGAGGGGCACCACAAGAUGGUUCUUCAAGAUUCUCUAGCUGUGAAGGGCUGGGGGCAGGAGGGAAGCUCAGCCAGCAGGCUGUCAGUGAGGAGUUGAAAGGGGAGAUGCCUAAGAAACUCACAGACCGGUCAGCAGCCUGGCCUUGUCCUGACAGACAUCCCUGGGAGAAACCUCCCUUAGAGAAGGUCACUUUCCAGAUUGGAAGCUCCGUAUCCCCGGAGUCCGACUUUGAAAGCCGCACACAAAAAAUGGAGAAGCGGCUAACGGCCUGUAGACAAUACCCAGAGUUAGCUUGCCAUCCACUGGCUAAGUCCGGGAUGGCCGCUGACAUGCCUCAGGACCAGCAGCUUUCUAGGUGCUUCUUCACACCUGGCUUCCAAAAGAAUGGCCACUGUCCUCAGAGUCAAUCUUAUGAGAGGGACGAAGGUGAAUUUGAGAGGGAUUUUGCCGAGGACAGAGGCAUCAAAACCAAGGUGGUAGCAGCUGCUACUGGGCAGCCCGACCAGUCUGCUGACUCGCUGGCACCUAAUGGCAGUGCGGCAGGAACUGGAGCGAGGAUGCUGGAGAAAACAAGACAUUUGUAUUUGAAGGAUGCAGAAGGACCUUUGAUGCCGCCUGUUCCAAGCAGGUGUGCACAGCAGGACUCCGGCUUCUCGGGCACUGCAGAUGUCCCCUGUGGGGAUGCCGACAGGAAGGCCAACUUCAGGAUGGAAGGAGACAUUCCCAGAAACGAAAGCUCAGAUAGCGCUCUUGGAGACAGUGACGAGGAAGCGUGUGCUUCAGCCUCGCUGAAUCUAGAGCACAGCAAUGACCCGACCGAAGGGUCCUUGGAAGUGGAGCUGCCUCUGCCAAGGUCUCAGAGCAUCAGCAACCCAAAUGUAAGAAACUUUGGCCGCUCACUUCUGGCAGGUUAUUGCCCCACAUACAUGCCUGAUCUGGUGCUUCACGGGACCAGCAGCGAUGAGAAACUGAAGCAGUGUCUGGUGGCUGAUCUGGUCCACACAGUCCAUCAUCCAGUGCUUGACGAGCCGAUAGCCGAAGCUGUCUGUAUUAUUGCAGACACGGAUAAGUGGAGUGUCCAGGUAGCCACAAGUCAGAGGAAAGUGACGGACAGCAUGAAACUGGGCCAGGAUGUCUUGGUCUCGAGUCAGGUGUCCAGUUUACUUCACUCCAUUUUACAGCUUUACAAGCUUCACCUCCCGGCUGAUUUUUGCAUCAUGCAUCUUGAAGAUAGACUACAGGAGAUGUACCUUAAAAGUAAGAUGCUGUCUGAAUAUCUUCGUGGACACACACGCGUCCAUGUGAAAGAAUUAGGUGUGGUACUGGGGAUUGAAUCAAAUGACCUGCCUCUGUUGACAGCUAUUGCCAGUACUCAUUCUCCUUACGUCGCUCAAAUACUCUUAUAAGCUAAAGCUCAGGACAGUUCUUCCUUGGAAGAAAAAAAAAAUCAGAUUCUCAACUGAAAGUGAAAAGAAUAAGCUCUUUGUGACGUCAAAAGCAUGAGAAGAGCAAACAGAAAUAAGUCAUUCCUCCGCUUUGUUUUGUUUUGUUUUCUUGCUUUCAAGUGGAUGCCUCGUUGGACGACUUAGGUUUACUUGACAUAAUGGCAUUUGUGUUUUUCGUGAAUACUUUUUUGGCCUUUUGUUACCCAGGAAUCAACAGAGAGAGUGACCUUUUUGGUAGGAGGAGACAUAAACACUACACUAAACACAAAGCUGUUGGUACAGAUGGCCUUGUGUGUUUGGGCAAAACAACAGGUGACUUGGGAGCAGGGGUAACCAGUGUACAUACCAUUCUGGUAGGACAGUGUUUCAGAGUUUAAGCAGGAGCUCUCCAAAGUGGAGAAAGCACAAUUUGUUAUUCUAAGAAGACAGAACAAGGGACUGGGAUUCCAGGGCAGAGUUUGUUUUUUACAGAAGGUAAAAGCAGGCAAGCCACAUUGUGCCAUCUUCCGCCCUGAUGGCUGUAGGAAUUACUGCCUGACAUAAAACAGGAAAGAGGAUCCACCGUUGGGCAGAGGGUGCUUUAGGGACUCACUUCCACAUCAUCUUGGAGUUUACCUUGUUGCAGAUGCAGCCACAGGUAGGUUAGAGACGGAGUGUUGGUGCAAUAAACCCAGGAAUCAAUGUAGCAUCUUCAUCUCAUCAAGAUGUAGUUCAGAGCAGCAGAGUGCACAGUCUGAUACCAUAUGUUUUAUCCUCAUACGUUAGAGCUUUCAGCAGCCUUUAUAAGCGAGGCCAUUUACCAAAGUUAUUUCUAUAAGCUCAAGAGUGUUUCUGUUGCUAAAUUCUUCCAGCCGAAGCCACUUUCUUCCUCUAAUAGUUAAUACAAAUGACUAUUUGUAGUUUCAAAGGCAUAGCUGGCCUGGCGGAAAAUGAACCUGCAGCAGUUCAGGAUGACUAAUGAAUUAGUUUGUACAUUUACCAACAAUCCAUAAAUUAUCUCAAUUUUUACAUUAUCAUCUCUGUGCCUUCUAAUCCCUGAAUCCUUUUCAAAACACCUCUCCAGAAAUUAACUUACCCAUUACAAAAUCUGCCAAAAUGAAGGAUUGCUUAUUAGCAUAGUUCACUUUUUAAGAAACCUUAGUUUUUGGUUAAAGGUUAAAAUAAACUUUACUUAGUUUACUGGCUGUGACCUCUGACCCUGUCAGACCAGGUACUGACAUCCAAGGUAAAGGAAAACACUUAAAAACUAGAUCAUGAAAGGACUGGCGCUAAUCUCGCAAAUCAGAACAUUGUUAACACCUUACAGAUACUGAGUACAGUUGCUUAUAACCAGGCUCUGAUUUCCUUUCACUGCUAUGUGAAUUAGUUCCAGUCCUCCUCAUAUAUCCUUUUAUACCUAAGAUUAUGAAGUAACUUCCCUUUUAGGGGUUAGAAUGACUUCAGAUUUUUUAUUUGAGAAAAUCCUGAUUCUAAGCACCACGUCACAUAAGUUUGUUUAUUCUUUUACAAAUGCGAGUUGUUUGUUUGAAAGAGGAUAGCAGCAGUACCAGUGGAGAAAAUUAGGUUUAAUAAUUCUUUAGGAAUAGGUUAGAACUGCUGCCUUCCUUCUCUCUCUCUAUGAUGUGAAAUGUAAGUGGGUGCAUUAAGGCUUUUAAGAUCUUUAAUUUUUAUCUUAUGUCUGUCUUUUACAAGAUUGAAGUUUCCUAUCCUUUUUAUGUUUAUCCUAUUUCCUUUGUCUAAAAUCUGGGUUUGGUGUUUUAAAGUCCCUAGUUCCAUGGCAUCACUGCUUGCUGUUAUGUUACACAGACACAGAGAAUGGACCUCACCUGUGGCUCAGCUCAUCAUCAUUUGUUUCUCGUUAUGUGUGAAUAAAUUAUAAUCGCUGAUGUUACAUCAUUCCCAUCUGUACCAGUUUAGAGCAUUCCCCUCAUCUCUUUCCCUUUUCCUUGUUUACACAUUUUGAGCACUUUCCCUCAUUCACCACUUUCCAGGGAUUCAUAGAAAAUAAUUAGAUACAAAACUAGUUUCAUUCAAAAUGUUGAAAAUUAGACCCACAUAGGGGGAAAUUGAGCUUUAAAUGGCUGAUUCUAAACUCCAUACAUGAAAAUUUAGCUCAGUCCUCUCAAAGCCUGAGAAAACGUAAUUUGCCUCUGAAUCUACUGUUCUAAAACUCUCUCUUGGAAAAUGUCUGUUGGAAAACUCCAGGUGGGUCACAUGGGGGGGUGGGGGGGUUGUCCCAGUGACACUCAGGAUUCCAGUCAGAACCUAAUCCUCACAUCUAUUGCCUACAAAAACAGACCAAGAAUGUUGCUGCUCUUUUAUAAUCCUCCUUUAAAUAACACUCAAGUUUUGUUUGUCUUAAAUUCAACCUCUUACCAAAAGUGGAAAAGGAAAAAAAAAAAACUCAUGGAAUUGCGUUGAGAUACACCCACUCACACCACCAGGUGGCUUCAUUCUGUCUCAGCCCAAGAGGCAAGAAAGGGAUCCCCUCCCCCCCAAUGCCCACCUCAAGAAAAAAAUUAAAAUUAAAAAAACAACAACAAAAAAGAAACUACUACCUCAGUUGACAGGAUUCCACCUUUAGGGUUUCUUCAACUUUUAAGUCUUACCUGUUGAGUGUAACUUUUGUAGCAUCUUGCUUUUUUAAGCAAGCUAGUGAGGCAUGACAGAGCAGAAGUGUGUAAAUGUUACUGUGAUGGACCUCUUUCUAGCAUGUUGCAGUUUUAUUUUUAAUUGAUGAGUGAUAUGAAUGUAAAGAUAAUUGUGUAUGUUUAAACAUGACAAUGAAAAUUUAAAAUGUAGCUUCCAUACUUGUGCAUAAUUCCAAAGUAUUUUAUUUUUAUCAGUGUUAAAUAGCUUUUUGUACAGGCUUCAAUCCAUUUUUCUGAAGUGUGCUGUUUUUUAAUAAAAGUAACUAUAAUCUUUUCACAUCCCAUGGAACUGCCGUUUACACAUCACAACUUUUUAAACUUACCGUAUUUUUCAAAAGUAACUUUUUUGGAGGGAGGAAAGUCCCCGCUUGCUAAGUGAUACUAAACUGCUGUUUAGGCUCUUAUAAUUAGGUCCUGAUAUUUUAUAAAAAAUUUAGUCUGUAGCUUUUUAGGUUCUUCACUAGAAUUGGUUGUACAUAAAAGUAAAGAAUAUAAAGUGACCCUAAAAUUCUUUUAAAUGUCUGGGUUUUCCCACUAAUAUGUACUUUUGAAAGUAUUUUGUUCAUGCAUACUUUCACCAUUAAAUUGAAAAAGUCUUUAGCUUCUCUUGGUAAAUGUGAACCGUUUGUUUUUUUAUUGUGCUGUGGGGGAGGGGAUAUUUUAAUAUAAUUUUCACCUAAAUCAAGCAGCCCCCUCUGAGUGUUAAUUUUUAAAUAUCGAAAUUUUGGUGACCACAUAUCUUGGAAGCAAGAUUGCAAUAUGCUUAAAUUUAAGUGGUGUUUAAAAGGAGAAAAUUCUGGGAUUUGUUACUAUUGAAGCUCCAGUAAGACAAAUUGAUAGGACUUUAUAUUUUUGAUCAGGUAAAUAGAUAUCAAUGCCAAUGUAUAGAAAUCUUUUCUUAAAACUUGUUCAUGUAUUAUUUUGAUCCAUUUUUCUGUGGCAUUUGGUGCAAUAAACCUUUUGAAUUUACCUUGAA